AUGACUAAAAUAACACCGACGAACGUAGAGAAUACCGAUACUAAUAAUUUUCCUUCGAAUGACAAUGACACAAUUGAACCAUCAAUUGAUCGAAUAGCAAGAUUUCGGAUUAUACAAAAACGAGCAUUACUGGUGUCAUGUCUGAUCGUGGUAAUAGGUUUGAUUGCAGUAACAAUUGCUCUUCGAAUAAAGCCCUUAACGACAAAAAACUCAGAUGCAGUGGAUGAUCCAUCAAAACAAACACCCAAUACAUUCAGUACAGCAUCAACAACAAGUACACCAAGUAUACUAUCACCUCUUUGCACUGACAAUAAAGGCAAAAGUUUAUUUGACAACGAGUUUCUGUAUUCGCCGGCGUCACAAACAUAUGCAGCUGGAUUAUUGAAUGGUCAGUUCGGUAUCUAUAGAGCAUACAGGUAUGGAAAUGUCACUUCAUCUUCAAUCUGGCUUGCAGAUCAAAAAUUAAUACUGGGGAUCGAACUUAAACUUCAAAGAGAUCGUAGUCUGCAUGUCUAUUCAUCUAUUGAAGCAAUAUGGGGUAGUGGCACUUAUAAUGGAGGUGACCGAGGACCAUUCUGUCUCAAAAUGGAAGAGACAGGAAAUUUAAGAUGGAUUGAUAAAGAUAAAAGGAUCCUUUGGCAAACAAAUUCUACUGAAGAAAGAAAUGAACAACUGUUGUUUGCACGAAUAAUAACAUAA